UCUGGUGACGUUUCAACAGUCGACUCGUUCUGAAGUCUCCGGGGCCGAGGCCUAGGGUAUUUUUUGUUGUUGUGAAAAAUUUCCAACCAAUGUCCAUCUUUUGUGCCCGUUUGGAGCGGGGUCUGGACCUUAUGAGGCAUUUUCGCUGGGGGUAGACUGUGGAAGAAAACCACAAUAGUUGGAAAAGCCAGCAAGUUGUAGGAACUAACGCCAGCGCGAGGAAAUAAGGAUUGAAAAAAUAUGACAUCUCGGAGGUGGUUCCACCCCAAUAUCACGGGGGUGGAGGCUGAGAAUCUGCUGCUGACCCGGGGGGUGGACGGGAGCUUCCUGGCCCGACCCAGCAAGAGCAACCCUGGAGACUUCACCCUCUCUGUCAGACGUAACGGAGCUGUCACCCACAUUAAGAUCCAGAACACAGGGGAUUACUAUGACCUGUACGGGGGGGAGAAGUUUGCCACCCUGGCUGAGCUGGUUCAGUACUACAUGGAGCACCACGGCCAACUCAAGGAGAAGAAUGGAGAUGUCAUCGAGCUCAAAUACCCCCUCAACUGUGCUGACCCCACCUCUGAGAGGUGGUUCCAUGGUCACCUGUCAGGCCGCGAGGCUGAGAAGCUGCUGACAGAGAAGGGGAAGAACGGUAGUUUUCUGGUCAGAGAGAGCCAGAGCCACCCUGGAGACUUCGUUCUGUCCGUCCGCACCGGCGACGACAAGACAGACAGCAGCGACGGCAAGCCUAAGGUCACGCACGUCAUGAUCCGCUGCCAGCAUGACCUGAAGUAUGACGUGGGUGGAGGAGAGAAAUUUGAUUCUCUGACAGACCUGGUAGAGCACUAUAAGAAGAACCCCAUGGUGGAGACACUGGGCACAGUGCUGCAACUCAAACAGCCCCUGAACACCACUCGUAUCAACGCAGCGGAGAUCGAGAGUAGAGUGAGGGAGCUUAGUAAACUGGCCGAGGCCACGGACAAGGUCAAACAGGGCUUCUGGGAAGAGUUUGAGACUUUGCAGCAGCAGGAGUGUAAGCUGCUAUACAGCCGCAAGGAGGGACAGAGAGCAGAGAACAAGAACAAGAACCGAUACAAGAACAUUCUUCCCUUUGAUCACACUCGUGUGGUGCUGAACGAUGGGGAUGGAUCUGAGGCUGGUUCUGACUAUAUCAAUGCCAAUCUCAUCAUGGUAGUAACGGACAUCAUGCCGGAGUUGGAGUCCAAGUGUAACAGCACCAAGCCGAAGAAGUCGUACAUCGCCACGCAGGGCUGUCUACAGAACACCAUCAGUGACUUCUGGAGGAUGGUGUUCCAGGAGAACUCCCGGGUCAUCGUCAUGACUACCAAGGAGGUGGAGAGGGGAAAGAGUAAGUGUGUGAAGUACUGGCCAGACAUGUCAGCUCUGAAGGAGUAUGGAAUCAUGCGUGUCCGCAACGUCAAAGAGACGUCCGCUCACGACUACAUCCUGCGAGAACUCAAACUGUCCAAGGUCGGACAGGGUAACACAGAGCGGACAGUGUGGCAGUACCAUUUCAGAGCGUGGCCGGACCAUGGUGUCCCUACAGACCCCGGGGGUGUUCUGGACUUCCUAGAGGAGGUCAACCUCAAACAGGAGAGCAUUCUAGAGGCUGGGCCCAUAGUGGUGCACUGCAGUGCUGGUAUCGGGCGGACAGGAACGUUCAUAGUGAUUGACAUCCUCAUUGACGUCAUCAGGGAAAAAGGAGUGGACUGUGACAUAGACGUUCCUAAGAGCAUCCAGAUGGUUCGUUCCCAGCGGUCUGGGAUGGUUCAGACUGAGGCCCAGUACAGGUUCAUCUACAUGGCUGUCCAGCACUACAUAGAGACACUGCAGAGACGCAUAGAGGAGGAACAGAAGAGUAAGAUAAAGGGGAGGGAGUACACCAACAUUAAGUAUUCUCUGUCUGACCUGACGGGUGGAGACCAGCUGCAGAGCCCUCUGCCUCCCUGCACCCCCAGCCCCACCCCCAACUGCACAGAGAUGAGGGAGGACAGCUCUAGAGUGUAUGAGAACGUCGGUCUGAUGCAGCAGCAGAAGAGCUACAGAUGAGAUUCACCUUUGACCCCCACGCUGUCCCAGGAAUCUGUUAAAUUUGUGUUGCCAGCUGCACCUGAGACGUGAUCACGAUGACUACACGGAAAAGAAGAAAAUGUAAAAUAACGAAAAACUAAAAUCUGAGAGAGGUCUGAGAGAACCGAGACUAACGGAGGGGUUUUUGUUCCCUUCCUCCUCCUCCUCUGCUCCUUAUCCUCGUCCCCCCUCUCUCUCCAGGAACAGUAUCCCUCUAGUCCCCUAAACCACUGUGAUUAUCUGGAGAGCCCUAACGAGCUUAAUGACAGAACUUAAUAACAAGCCUACACCCCUAAACUUAACCUCAGCCUGAGUUUAGACCUUCUCAGACCAGACCCAGGCUGAGUCUAGCAGUGCUCUGUUCUCGGCUCACUAGAGGGAGAAUAACCUAGCUUACCUGUUCUGUUUGUCAUUGUUCCACCCACUCUUUUUGGCAUGAAUUUUUCUUCUGUCUUAUUUCUUAUUAACCAAAGGAAAGACACGCAUAGAUCGUUUGUUUAUUGGGAAGUAGUGAGAUGAGUGAGCCCUUCUCAGAAUUGAGAAAAAAGGCCUGUGCCAAAAUGGUUUCAUCCAACAUCUCGGCCAAUCAGUGGUCUCCCUCUGCCCGGUCAAACCAGAGUGUGGGGGGGACACUGUUUGCAGAGAAAAAAGGGAUACUUCCAGUGGUAAUAUUGUUUUCAUUUUUUGUAUCAUGUUUUCUGUUACUGAAGGAAGAAUUCUGGGUAUUGUAGUGAUGUCAUUUUUU